AUGCCUCACUCCGGCUUCAGAUAUCACCCGGAGCCCCCAGAUAUCACCCGGAGCCCCUCAGAUAUCACCCGGAGCCCCUCAGAUAUCACCCGGAGCCCCCAGAUAUCACCCGGAGCCCCCAGAUAUCACCCGGAGCCCCUCAGAUAUCACCCGGAGCCCCCAGAUAUCACCCGGAGCCCCUCAGAUACCACCCGGAGCCCCUCAGAUAUCACCCGGAGCCCCCAGAUAUCACCCGGAGCCCCCAGAUAUCACCCGGAGCCCCCAGAUAUCACCCGGAGCCCCUCAGAUAUCACCCGGAGGCCCUCAGAUACCACCCGGAGCCCCCAGAUAUCACCCGGAGCCCCUCAGGUCCACCCGGAGCCCCCAGAUAUCACCCGGAGCCCCCCAGAUAUCACCCGGAGCCCCUCAGAUACCACCCGGAGCCCCUCAGAUAUCACCCAGAGCCCCCAGAUAUCACCCGGGGCUCUCAGAUAUCACCCAGAGCCCCCAGAUACCACCCGGAGCCCCUCAGAUAUCACCCAGAGCCCCCAGAUACCACCCGGAGCCCCCAGAUACCACCCGGAGCCCCCAGAUAUCACCCAGAGCCCCCAGAUACCACCCGGAGCCCCUCAGAUAUCACCCAGAGCCCCCAGAUACCACCCGGAGCCCCCAGAUAUCACCCGGAGCCCCCCAGAUAUCACCCGGAGCCCCUCAGAUAUCACCCAGAGCCCCUCAGAUACCACCCGGAGCCCCUCAGAUACCACCCGGAGCCCCUCAGAUAUCACCCGGAGCCCCCAGAUAUCACCCGGAGCCCCCAGAUAUCACCCGGAGCCCCUCAGAUAUCACCUGGAGCCCCUCAGAUACCACCCGGAGCCCCCCAGAUAUCACCCGGAGCCCCCAGAUAUCACCCGGAGCCCCUCAGAUAUCACCCGGAGCCCCUCAGAUACCACCCGGAGCCCCCCAGAUAUCACCCGGAGCCCCUCAGAUACCACCCGGAGCCCCUCAGAUAUCACCCAGAGCCCCCAGAUAUCACCCGGGGCUCUCAGAUAUCACCCAGAGCCCCCAGAUAUCACCCAGAGCCCCCAGAUACCACCCGGAGCCCCUCAGAUAUCACCCAGAGCCCCCAGAUAUCACCCGGGGCUCUCAGAUAUCACCCAGAGCCCCCAGAUACCACCCGGAGCCCCUCAGAUAUCACUCAGAGCCCCCAGAUAUCACCCAGAGCCCCCAGAUACCACCCGGAGCCCCUCAGAUAUCACCCAGAGCCCCCAGAUAUCAUCCGGGGCUCUCAGAUAUCACCCAGAGCCCCCAGAUACCACCCGGAGCCCCUCAGAUAUCACCCAGAGCCCCCAGAUAUCACCCAGAGCCCCCAGAUAUCACCCGGAGCCCCUCAGAUACCACCCGGAGCCCCUCAGGUCCAGCCGGAGCCCCCCAGGCCUCGGCAGCAGUGGCCCCAGGGGUCCUCGGUGGAAGCACGCCUGCACACACCUUCCAGGCACCCUGGGCACGGCGAGCCCUCGCCUCCCUGGAGGCCCAGCAGCAGGACUGUGCUCAGAGGAAAGGGGUUCCCAGGCCCAGUCAGACCCAAGGAGCGGGGUGGCCCCUCGAGCAGUUGGAGAGGGAUGA